AAGAAGUAUGAUAAUAGUACCUUUGGCGGGAGUAGUCGCGAGAACACAUCUAGUAGCUACAACUAUCAACCUCCCUCGGGAGUUGUUGUGUCCCAGAAAACUGGGUUGUUCUCCAAGAAUGCAUCCUCAAGCACAAGUGGUUGUAGCAGGUUCGCUGACGAUCACGUAUGGGAUGCAGCCCGUAGCAGUGGUGGAGUCCCACCUCAAGGGUCGUGGGGGCAGAAGGAUCGCUUUGAAAAUGCCUCUGGGGGGUAUAUCAAGCCUAGGGAUGUUGAUCUAAGGACCAGGGAAGGGGUCAGCUCCAAAGUACAUCGAGACACCAACUACGAGGAUGAAAAGUUGAGUGAUUCUUUGUACGGGUGUAGAGUGAGAUCAACACCCAGGAGAGAAGCCGAAAAAGAUCACAUCCAAGGAAGUAAUAAGAACAGUACUACUAGGGAGGGUAUUAGAAGUGUUGGAACAAUAUCCAAAGCGGGUGCUGUAACUCCUCGUGGUGAUGGGUGCCCCAUCAUUAAACGCCGAAGUGUAGAAGCAGCACCUCAGAGUGUAAGUAGCGC